UUAAUUAUUGCUUAGGAACGAGUGAUGCGGCUCUUGUUCCUCCAAGAGAGGUAUGCCUAGCAUUACUUGAGUCAUUGUUUUCGCAUCACAGCAGUCCACACGUGCAGAUUGGUUAUGUUCUAAGGUAAAACCACGUUUUUGGUGAAGCAUUUUGCAUUGAAAAUGCCACAAUCAUGGAAGUGAGAGAGCAGGUAUGAGUUGGAAAGUUUCAUUGAGGAGAGACACUGCUCUAACACCAGUGAAAUCAUGUUUAGAUCCAAAUCUCGAUUAGUUAGCUUCCUUGAUAUCUGUUCAAGAUCAGAUUCCUCAUGUCUCCAACCACACAUGAUAUGGAUCAAUAUCUUAUGUUCCCAAAUGGUGUCUCAAUUUCCUGUCUCACCAAUAAAAUUUUGUCGUGUCAAUUGUAACUGCCACAAUAUAUAUAUUGAGAAGAUGCCAAUGCAAGAAAGGCAGAUCCAUAGACUCAAACUCAAGCCUUCUCUUACUCUUUCUCUUCUUCUCUUGAGAUAGAAAAAAUGGAAGCCUCAAAAUCCAAUUUCCAAGGUAGAUCAAACAGCCUGCCCUCUAGACCACACCCUCUCAUUCUAGAAUGCAAUCAACACUUGGAGAGCUUGAGAGCUUCCAGUGAGACCUCCUCUUCUAACUCAUCAUUUCUUAGCCAUAACAUAAGAGGCUUGCAAGAUUUGAUUGAGUGUGUUGAGAAAUUGAUUCAGCUUCCACUCACCCAAGACACCCUUCUCCAUGAGCAAAAAGAAAAAUGGAACUUUUUGGAUGGAUCCUUAAGGCUCUUAGAUGUGUGUGCUUCAGCCAAAGAUGCUUUAUUGCACACAAAAGAAUGCACACGUGAGCUUCAAUCAAUCAUAAGAAGGAGAAGGGGUGGUGAGUUGGAACUCAUGGCAGAGGCUAAGAAAUUCUUGACAUCAAGAAAGGUAGUGAAACGGGCCAUAUCAAAAUCCUUGUCAAAAAAUUGCAACUUUUUCUCAUCAACAAACAAAGAUCACCAUCAAACAGUGGCUUUGUUACAAGAUGUGGAAGUGGCUACACUAUCAUCAUUUCAGAAACUGAUGCAGUUUAUCUCAGGAACAACAACAACAACACAAUCAAAGUCUAGAAGCUGGAUUUUUAUUUCUAAGAUGAUUCAGCCAAAAAGAGUGGCUUGCUCACUAGUGGAAGAUGAAAGUGAAUUUGCACAAGGGGAUGUGGCAUUACAGAGCUUCAUAUUUAGCAAGAAUGGCAAAGUUGAAGAGGUGAAUAAUCUGCAAAAUCAGUUGGAGAAAUUGGAGUUGUGCAUUCAAGACAUUGAAGAAGGGCUUGAGUUUCUGUUUAGGCGUUUGAUUAAAAUCAGAGUUUCCCUUCUUAAUAUCCUCAACCACUAGUUGCAAAUGCAUAUGGGGAUUAAAUUUUUGUAUAUGACAUAGAUGGAUACACUUGUAGAUUGAAAUCAUAAAUGUAAAUGCCUAGUGAUGAUAAACAGAAACUUUUCAAUGUUCUCUGUUGCAAUAUUU